AUGUCACUGUGUCGCCCACUGUCAUCUGUGUCCUCGCUGUGUCGCCCGCUGUCAUCUGUGUCCUCGCUGUGUCGCCCGCUGUCAUCUGUGUCCUCGCUGUGUCACCCGCUGUCAUCUGUGUCCUCGCUGUGUCGCCCGCUGUCAUCUGUGUCCUCGCUGUGUCGCCCGCUGUCAUCUGUGUCCUCGCUGUGUCACCCGCUGUCAUCUGUGUCCUCGCUGUGUCGCCCGCUGUCAUCUGUGUCCUCGCUGUGUCGCCCGCUGUCAUCUGUGUCCUCACUGUGUCACCCGCUGUCAUCUGUGUCCUCGCUGUGUCGCCCGCUGUCAUCUGUGUCCUCACUGUGUCACCCGCUGUCAUCUGUGUCCUCGCUGUGUCGCCCGCUGUCAUCUGUGUCCUCACUGUGUCACCCGCUGUCAUCUGUGUCCUCGCUGUGUCGCCCGCUGUCAUCUGUGUCCUCACUGUGUCACCCGCUGUCAUCUGUGUCCUCGCUGUGUCGCCCGCUGUCAUCUGUGUCCUCGCUGUGUCACCCGCUGUCAUCUGUGUCCUCGCUGUGUCACCCGCUGUCAUCUGUGUCCUCGCUGUGUCGCCCGCUGUCAUCUGUGUCCUCACUGUGUCACCCGCUGUCAUCUGUGUCCUCGCUGUGUCGCCCGCUGUCAUCUGUGUCCUCACUGUGUCACCCGCUGUCAUCUGUGUCCUCGCUGUGUCGCCCGCUGUCAUCUGUGUCCUCACUGUGUCACCCGCUGUCAUCUGUGUCCUCGCUGUGUCGCCCGCUGUCAUCUGUGUCCUCGCUGUGUCACCCGCUGUCAUCUGUGUCCUCGCUGUGUCGCCCGCUGUCAUCUGUGUCCUCGCUGUGUCACCUGCUGUCGUCCGUGUGGGCGGCUGAGUGUGCCACAGCAAGCAUGGACGGCACAGAAGGUGAACGCCUCUAA